GUCUCCCGUUGCCAGUGCUGCCGUCUAGACGGAAACACUCUCCUGCCCAUCGCAUCGCCUAGCAUCGCAUCGCAUCGCAUAUCCGCUUUGCCUCUCGGCCAAGUCGCAUUAAUGAGGCAAAAGUGUUUUAUCGUGUCGUGCGUUAAAUAUUUAAUACAAUAUCAAAUAAAUGUUGCAUAAGCCGGCUGUCAUUUAGCAUCUUGCGUGAGUGUUUGAGACGUUUUUUUUCUGUGUUUACUCUGGAAUAUUAUUCAAGAUUCUGUGGACAAAGCCUAGACAAAGAUUCUCUAUAUAUACCCCCUAUAUGUACACGCCGCUCUCCACAAGAACCGAUCGACUAAAGGGAACACAAUCAAGAAACAAGAAACUAAGCCGCAUCAGAAACCCUUAAUAAACUGUUAGAAUCCACUCCCCAGUGCUAUUCUCCGUUAGGAUAUAACGCGCGUACACGUACACUAGCCGGCAUUUGUAUUGGUGACACGUUCCACUGCCACCAAAGCAGCAAGCAGUAAGAAGCAAGCAGCGACAGCGACAGCGACAGCGACACAAAUAACUGUGCUUCCCGUGAUCUGAAAAUCUCGCGGAUACAAUUUGGGUGCUAAAAACUAAGGCGGAAUAUGGAAUGACACAUCACACAUGUAUAAUAUAAGAGUGUGCUGAUUGUGUAUAAUUUUUUGUAUAUGUAUAUUUGGUGCGUGAUAGAAAGAGCAAGAGCAAAAAUAUAAAUACACUUAAGAGAAAACCCACAAACAAAACGAAAAAAAAACAAUUACAACAAAAUGUCUGCGCCGGCAGUUGAAGUAAAUGGAAGUGUUCCGGCCGUGGAAUUUCAUCAAAGACAGCACAUGGUGCAGGCUGGCGUGGCGCCAUUUCCGGGCGCUCCGGCCGGCUAUGCCGCCGCUCCAGGGCAGGCAGCAGCGGCCGCGGCUGCAGCAGCCGCUGCCCAGCAGGCCGGAGCUGCUGCGGCCGCUGCCCAACAGGCGGGCGCUGCCGCCAUAGCCGCCGAUAGUCUGUCCCUCGCUGUGGCGGCUGCGGCAGCCAAACAGCAGGCCGAGCCAGUGACCCAGUUAAAGGCGGCCGGCGAGGCAGGAGGAGCUGGAGCUGCCACCGGGAACACAGUAGCAGCAGCAGCAGCAGCAGCAGCUGCAGCGGCAGCGCCAGGAGCUGUCGGAGGAGUUGCAACAGAAUAUGCCACGGCCAAUGGUGGUGCAUCGGCUUCAGUGGUGGCCACGAGUGUGUCCGAAUGCGCACCGUUGUACAUGCAACAGACAAAGACAAAUCUGUCAACACAAACACAGACACUGUACAAUGGUACAGCCAGCAGUGUCGCAUCCUCAACAGUCACAGUCCCUGGUCCGGGUCCGGGUCCGGGACCGGGACCGGGACAGGCUCCUGGCCAAAUCCCAGUUUCAGUGGUCACGCAGCCAUCCCUGACAAAUGGACAUGCCAUGGACCAACUGCAGCAGCAGCAGCAGCACCAUCACCACCAGCUACAACUGCAGCAACAGCAGCAGCAGCACCACCAACAACAACAACAACAACAACAACAACAGCAGCAACAACAACAACAACACCAUCACCAUCAGCAAUCAUCGCAGCCCCCACAAAAUGUGCUCAGCAUAUCCACAGUAUUGAUUGCCAAUGAGGCUGCAGAUUCGCAACAGAGCUCAGCCCUCUCGAAUGCCGGCGGCACAGCAGGCGGUGGUACAGGCGGCGGCGGUGGCGGUGGACCGCCCGGCUCUCCGCUCUGCAGCUCCCCGUCCAGCGUCACAGCAUCGCAGCAGGCCACAGUCGCCGCAGUAGCAGCCGCCACAUUUAAUGGAAGUGCCACAGAUAGCAGCAUGUCGGGCAACACAUCACCGAUAGCCAGCGGCGAGCCGCUGCUCCAGACGCCGCCCGCCAUGCAACAGCAGCAGCAACAACAGCAGCAGCAGCAGCAACAACAGCAGCAACAGCAGCAGCAGCAGCAACAACAGCAGCAGCAGCAAAUGCCGCUCCUUUGCAGCAGUCCCACAUCGAUGGCAGCGGCCACUUCCGUCACGGCCAGCUCGAUAGCCGCCGGAGCCCUGGCCGCCACCAGCAGCAGCGGUGUGGGCGUGGGUCUCCUGCCCACCGCCGGUCUGGACAGCAUGGCCAGCAUGGCCAAUGGGGGGGCGUUGGUGGUGCCGGCGAGUACCUCGCAAGUGAUUGCCCACCUGAAUGCGGCAGCAGUCAGCGGCAUCAUGACCGCCUCCGUGCAGUCGCCGAAUGUGGUCACAAGCCUGACCAGUGCUCUAGUCCCCGCGCAGGCGCUGCCGACGGUGGCCCAGGCCGUUGCCGCCUCCAUGGAUGCCAAAAGUCAGCCCAAGCGGCUGCAUGUCUCCAACAUACCGUUCCGUUUCCGGGAUCCCGAUCUGCGUGCCAUGUUUGGGCAAUUUGGAACCAUUCUCGAUGUGGAAAUCAUAUUCAAUGAGCGCGGCAGCAAGGGAUUCGGUUUUGUAACAUUCGCUAACAGCAACGAAGCAGAACGAGCACGCGAACGUCUACACGGCACCGUGGUUGAGGGACGCAAAAUCGAGGUGAAUAACGCCACUGCACGUGUACAAACCAAAAAAGUGACAGCAGUACCCAACGUCGUACUGACCAAAGAUGGUGCCAUACCGGCCCCAGCUCUAGUCUGCGUACAAUGGCCAGAAGCCGCCGUAGCAGCUGCCAUGCGUGGAGUGGCCAUUCAACGUGGACAUGUGGGCGUGGUCGGUGCCACACCCUACCAUCAUCCCCAUCAUACGCACCACCAUCAAGCGCUGCUGGCGGCCUCGGCCGCCGCCGCCCAACAGCACCAGCAGCAACGCCAGGUGGCCGCCGCCGCCGUGGCCGCAGCAGCCGCCCAACAGCAGCAGCAGGUCCACCAGCACCAGCAACAGCAGCAGCAACAACAGCAGCAGGUGCACCACCAGCAGCAGCAGCAGGCGGCGCACCAGCACCAGCAGCAACAGCAGCAGCAGCAACAACAACAGCAGCAGCAACAGCAUGCCGCCGCCGUAGCCGCCUCGCAUCCGCAUGCCCAUGCCCAUGCCCACGCCCACGCGCUCGCCGGACUGCAGCCGACACUCCAGGCGGUGGCCGUGCCCACGGCCGCUGGAGCCAAUGCCGCUGCCGUCGCCCAACAGCACUCGGCCCUGCAACAGUCGCUGGCCGCUGCUGCGGCUGCCCAGAACCAGGGAGGAGUCGCCACCAAUGCGAGUGCUGCUGCCGCGGCCGCCUAUGCCGCCCGCCUCUCGGCGGCCACUGCUCAACAGACGCCGGCCGCUGCUGCUGCGGCUGCUGCUUCCAUGGCAGCGUCGGCCAAUGCGGCCAACAAUGCUGCCGCUUUGCAUGGAUUUGCGCCUGUAUACUAUGAUCCCUUCCUAGCAGCCGCUGCAUCCGCUGAUCCGAAUCUACGCUUCCAGGCAGCCAAACCGGUCACUGAAGUUCCAGCCGCUCAGCCAGCCGCCAUAUUAAAUCGCCGCACUGUGACUACGCUAAACAGUAACCCACAUACGAUCAACCGCAUUCCGGUACCACAGAAUGUUUUGGCCGCUGCUCCGCUGUUAAAGACACCCCUGUCUCAGGCCCAGCAGCAGGCGUAUGCCACGGCUGCCACCACCUACACGGCGGUUGCUGCCCGAGCGGCCUAUGGGGCCGCUGCCGCAGCAGCCGCCCAACCGGCCCUUGCCGGAUAUGCCACCGUAGCGGGCUAUGCGCGCGAGUAUGCAGAUCCUUAUCUAGGACAUGGCAUUGGACCCGUGCCCGGCUAUGGGGCAACCAUGUACCGCGGCGGCUUCAAUCGAUUCACGCCAUAUUAGGAACCAUUAAGAACGCCAGUCAGCCAAAUAAUGCACUUGAACUACUCUCGAUGAAAAUGCUCAAUAUAUGAACAAAGAAAAUGCAAAUAAGCAAGUAACUUAGAAGUAAAUACUCCUCUACUCCUCUACGUGCAGCAAGUAGAAGUUACAACCAAACCGAUAGAUACAAGAUACUCAACACACAACAGCCGCCGCUCAAAGAUCUUGGAGAGUUGAAAAUCAAAGCUAAAUGCAACUGCAAAUGCAGUAAAAAAACAAAAAACAAAAACAAAAGAAAAGAACAAAUCAAUGUCGUCCAGUAAAAGCCACAAAACAAACAAAACCAAACAUAAAAACAAAACAAAAGAAGCGCUAAACACAGUUCUAUGGAGUUUCUAUAAGUAAAAACAAAAACAAAAAAAAAACAAAAGGAAAUGAAAGAAACGAAAGGAAAGGAAAAUUACAUAAAUUAAAAGAAAAGGAGAAGAGAAAAACUCAUAUUGCAAAAACAGUUUUGCAAAAAGUGAAAGAAAAGAAAAGAAAGAAACACAUGUGCUUCAUGCGUAGAUUUUUACCAGAACAAAAGCUGAAACUUUGUGCGGCAAAGCAGAAUUUAUAUAUACAUACACAUACAUCUAUAUAUAUAUAUACAUAUAUAUACAUAUAUAUAUAUACCAACAAGAUAUAUAGUUAUGAUAUAGGCAUUGUAUUUGUAUAUCAGAAACCAACCAGACAAAAAGAGCAAUGUUUUUUUAGAUACUUUUCAUGCGGAAACAUCAUCAGAUAAUAAUACUAUAUACGAGCAUACCUUUUGGUUGUUGAUUUUGGAACAUAUUUGAACUAAGUUUAGAUCCCUCCCUCCCUGCGUUUUGAAUGAUUUACAAAUUUAACAUUUAACAUCCGUAGCAGUGUGUAGUGUGUAGUAAGAAGCAAGCAAGCAGCAUAGGCAUCAAGCAAAGGAACAAAUUAACCAAUCGAAUUGUAUAUUAUUUGAACAAACUUCAAAGAGGGGGACAAUGCACAAAGCAUUAGGCAUUAGGAGUAUUAGGAGUAGCAUACGUUUAUUUGCAUAUAUUUUAGAUACAUAAUUUCUUAUUUGAAAAUACCCAAAGAAUACUCAUUUCUGUACUGUAUUGUAUUGUAUUGUAUUGUAUUGUCGACGAAUUUAUUUUUAAUGCAUUGCUUUGGUUGUUCCUAGUAUUUCUAUAUAUUUUGGCAGCUAACCCCAAACAGAACUCGAACUCGAACGCGACUCAAUUUGAAUUGCUCAAAAAAAAUCGUAGUGCAUAGGUACAUACAUACAUAAAUGCAAAAGAUCAACACGUAGACAUAUCCUUGGAAUAUACAAUAAUAUUUACUUUAAAUGCCGCCAUAGCAGCAAAGCAAACAAAAACAAAUGAAAAAAAAACAACAAAACAAACAAAAAAAAUCUAAAAAAAAAAAGAAAUUAGUUUUUAAAAGUCAAGCUUCCAGUGACAAAAAAAGCCAUUGAUGAAUGAUGUGGAAAUCGAAUAAUAAGCAUUAAAAAUUAAACAACUUUUAGCUCCUACUCCGUAGCACUUUCCUUGUGUGUUGUGUAAAGACAGAAAACCAAAACUAUUAAGAAAAGCAAAGAGCAAAGAGCAACCAGCAAAGAGCAAAGAAAACUGAAUCUUUGACGUUGUUCACUUCGUUGUUCGGAUUAGACCGAGGCGAAAACACCCUUUCCUAAGAAAACUAAGAAUUUAUUUUCUACACACACUCGAAUCUAAUGCACACACAAAACAAAUGCUAAAUGCUAAAUGCAAAAAUACCAAAUGAAAACUUUUAACGUUGUGUAUUUUUCAAAUGUUAACGAUCAAAUGCUCAAUGGAAACAACAACCAAAUUGACGUUCUCUAUUUUGAUUCUUAGGCAGCUACUGUCGUCAAGUUUAUACUAGUUGUUUAUGAACCAUACUAUGCUAAAGGAAACAAAGCUACUAAAUAUUGUGUGUGUGUGUGUGUAAUCGUGCAAUUCUUAAGUGUUCUUCAAAUUUCCUUGAAACAAAACAAAACAAAACAAAAAUAAAAUACUAAAGAAAACACUAUGCGAAAUUAUAUGGAAGGCAGGCAGGAAAAUUUCAUCGACUCCAAAGAGCUUCAACUUUGACGGGUUUUUUGUUUUCAAUCUAAUCACUUGGAAUGUCUCAGAUUGUACAUAUUUACGAAGAUACAUAUAUAAUAUUUUACAAUAUUCCUCUCCCAGACACACACACCAAUACACACGCACACAAAGAGAAGCAGAAAGAGAGCAUAGCAACAGGCUAUGCCCCAGGGUUGCCCACAAAAACUCGAAGCAAUUAUGUCAUACCAUACUCAGAUUUAUACGCACAUAAAUGUGUUAACUUUUUUUUUUUAUUCUCUCUCAUAAUUAUUAUAUUGAUAUACUAUACAUUACGUUGACAUUUUUAAAGCCAAAGUUUAUAUUUUAAAACGAUUUUUAGUUAGAUAUUAGUUAGUACGCCGAUGACAGAGACAGAGACAGACAAGGUGGGCGAAAAGGAAAACAAAUACAAAAACAAAAACAAAAAUUUUAAAAAUGAUAAGAACAAAUCGAACCCAACAAUUGCCAAAUUAAAUGUAGCUUUCAAGUGAAUUAUCUAUAAUAAAGACGUAAUUAAAUAUAAUACGUUUUUCAAAUAGCGCAAAAAAAUAGUUUGGGUCCACCCCAAAAAUCACCCUAAAACAGAAACACACACAAUCGCAGACGCAGACACAGAUUUGGGUUUUAUGAACAGACAGAAGAUACAAAAAAACAAAAAC